AUGUCGGAACAAAACGACAUUUCCAUGCUAGAUGUUCUGGAAGCCCUCGACAAUAUUAGUCAGAACACAGAACAGGGCGACGCGGCGCCGGUCAGAAGAAAAUCCACUCUCAUCUUGACGGACGAAAAAGAUUCCGAGAAAAUGCAUGUGGAACUGGACAUCCUGUCGCUGUCUGAAGGUAGAAUUUCACAAACACAAACACCGCCCGAAACCCGGGACCAACAGCAGCACCAACAGCAGCACCAACAACAACAACAACAAAAUCAACAGAGUCAACAGCUGCAAAUUCCUCAGCCUCCAUCACAACCCGACCCUUCCGUGACUGUUCCGUUCGACAUCAAAUGGGUCCAAGGUGGAGAGAAAGUAUACGUCACUGGAUCGUUCACAGGAUGGCGUAAGAUGAUUGGGUUGCAAAAGCAGCCCGACGGAACACAUAUGGUCACAUUGGGUUUGCCUGUAGGCACUCAUCGGUUUCGGUUUGUCAUCGAUAACGAGUUGCGGUUCUCGGAUUUCUUGCCAACGGCCACCGACCAGAUGGGUAACUUCGUCAACUACGUAGAGGUGACACCUGAGCAUGUGCAAAUGCACUUGAAGCAGAAGUCGCAGCUUGAAGAGGAACAACAUGAGCGCGAGAGGCAAGAGAAGUCUCGGUCGAGCUCGCAGUCGCGUGGUCGCGUUGGCCGUUCUCGUGCCGACUCUACGUUUGGCUUGACCAACGACGACGAUGAUAUGGGAAACGGAUAUCUGAGAUACUACGAUGAUGAGGGUGACCUGAUGAUCAAAUCGUACCACUACAUAAAUGACAUUCCGCCAAUCUUCGUGGAGCCCAAAGUCAUGGAGCAGUACUACUUGGCUAUUGAUGAACAGGCCCGUUCUAAAAACGGUCAGCAACAAGCUUGGCUCCAUCCUCCACAGCUACCUCCCCACUUGGAAAACGUGAUUUUGAACAACUUCAAUCAAAUGGACAAGGACAACAAUUCCGGCGCGUUGCCUAUCCCUAAUCACGUCGUGCUCAAUCAUCUAGCGACCACCAGUAUCAAGCACAACACCUUGGCUGUAGCUUCGGUGGUGAGAUACAAGAGAAAGUACGUGACCCAGGUCUUGUAUGCGCCAUUGCAGCUGUGA